AAGCCCAUUUCCGCAGCUCCAUCCAAAAAAACGCGGCCGUCAAAGAGACAAUCGACGAUCAAUCGAGCACUCCGAGCAAGUCGUACAUCACCACACGAAGGAUCAUACUUGGAAACUCCAACUUUCAAAACAAACGAUAACGCCCAGAUUCGAAACCAGCGGACCAAACGCAUUCCGAAAACCGCAAACAUGGCCAACUUCCUCGCCUCCAUCUUCGGCACAGAGCUCGACAAGGUCAACUGCUCCUUCUACUUCAAAAUCGGUGCCUGCCGCCACGGCGACCGCUGCUCGAGAAAACACGUCAAGCCCAGCUACUCCCAGACCAUCCUCAUGCCCAACCUCUACCAGAACCCGGCCUACGACCCCAAAAACCGCAUGAACCCGUCCCAGCUGCAGAACCACUUUGACGCCUUUUACGAGGACAUCUGGUGCGAGCUCUGCAAAUAUGGCGAGCUCGAGGAACUCGUCGUGUGCGACAAUAACAAUGAUCACCUUAUAGGAAACGUCUACGCCCGCUUCAAAUACGAAGACUCUGCCCAAAAGGCCUGCGACGACCUCAACUCGCGGUGGUACGCCGCUCGCCCCAUAUACUGCGAGCUCUCCCCCGUCACCGACUUCCGCGAGGCCUGCUGCCGCCUCAACUCGGGCGAGGGCUGCGUCCGCGGUGGCUUCUGCAACUUCAUCCACCGCAAGAACCCCUCCGAGGAUCUCGACCGCGACCUCACCCUCAGCACCAAGAAGUGGCUCAAGGACCGCGGCCGCGAUGAGAGGAGCCCGUCGCGCUCGCCUACCCCCGAACCCACGCGCCGUCGGUACUAGAGAGAGAGAGAGAGAGAGAGAGAGAGAGAGAGAGAGAGAGAGGGAGAGGGAAAGGGAG